CCCUCACCCCUGAAAAUGUAUGCCUGUUCCAGGUUCAUCUCCACCCGCUCCUUGGUCAGGAGCACCUCUCAGCGUCUGAGCCGUCCUCUGUCUGCAGUGGAGCUGAACCCACAGACACGGAGAGAUGAGGCCCUCAGCUGCUUAGCAGUCCCUCGUCCUCUGACCUCACUCGUCCCUAGCCGCAGCUUCCAAACCAGUGUCAUUUCCAGGGACAUCGACACAGCCGCCAAGUUCAUUGGGGCUGGGGCUGCUACUGUUGGGGUGGCUGGCUCUGGGGCUGGGAUUGGAACUGUUUUUGGGAGCCUCAUCAUUGGUUAUGCCAGGAACCCUUCUCUGAAGCAACAGCUCUUCUCCUACGCCAUUCUGGGCUUUGCCCUCUCGGAGGCCAUGGGGCUCUUUUGUCUAAUGGUGGCCUUUCUCAUCCUCUUCGCCAUGUGACGCAGCUAUCUCCACUUCACCUCCC